CGCAGAACUUAUUUAAGUAAUAGAGUUAUGGCUUCAUUUCUUUUACUGGAGCAAGAAAGAAAAAGUCACUCUCAAUUUCACAAGCAGCUAAUGACGAGCUGAAAGAAAGUUCGAUACUCUUUCUUCAAAUUCUUGCUCUUUUCUUUCAAAUUUCUCCGUUCUUCUCUGGGGAUUGAUAGAUUCUAGCAAGGGUCUUAUUUGAUGGGCGGAUAAAUGGGUUCUCUUGAAAGUGGUUUUCCAUUCAAGAAAGAUCAAAAUCACCAGCUUUUGGUUCGCCCAUCAUCAGGAGUAAGCAGGCUUCAUAGGCUCAGAUCGAGAUGCACAAGGGCACUGCUGUUCAAGAAGAUUAACUAUCUACAGUGGAUUUGUACUGUGGGGCUGUUCUUCUUCUUCAUUGUGCUGUUCCAGAUGUUGUUGCCUGGUUCAUUUGUGGAAAAAUCAGAAAAUUUCUUAAAGGGAAGUGAUGUUGGGUCUGGGGAUUUGGAGUUCUUGAAAGAACUUGGUGGAUUGGAUUUUGGUGGAGAUUUAAAGUUUGAGCCGUCCAAGAUUUUAGCUAAGCUCAAUGUCUCUAUUGGGUCUGGGAGAGCAAUGGGAUUCCCCCGCAGAAAACCCAAACUCGGAUUGGUGAGUAUUGAUAUUAGCCUUUAAAUUAUUGUUUGGGUUGUCUGGUGGAGAGUUGGUAUAAAUGUAUAAUGGUUUUUCAUUGUUCUGGUAGGUUUUUGCUAAUAUGUUGGCUGAUCCAUAUCAAGUAAUGAUGCUGAAUGUUGCAUUGGCUUUGAAGGAAAUUGGGUACGAAGUUCAGGUGCUUACCCUUGAAGACGGUCCUGUGCAUGCUGUAUGGAGAGAUGCAGGGUUUCCAGUUAGCACUAUAAAAAUUAAUGAGAAUAUCUAUGUAGAUUGGCUUUCCUAUGAUGCCUUACUCUUGAACUCGGUUGAAGCUGCCAGAGUGUUAUCUUGUCUUAUGCAGGAACCUUUUAAGAGUGUAGCUGUUAUAUGGACAAUCCAGGAAUAUGCACUUGCUGAUCGGUUGAGACAUUAUAAGUCUGGUGGCCAGAAUGUGCUUGUUGAUUAUUGGAGAAAAGUCUUCAGCCGUGCUAAUGUUGUUGUGUUUCCAAAUUAUAUUUUGCCGAUGUCAUACUCGAUCUGUGAUACUGGAAACUACUUUGUGAUCCCGGGGUCUAUUACUGAAGUGUGGGAAGCUGCUAGUUUUCUGGCUUCAAACAAUGAUAGUUUUCGUGCUAAGAUGGACUAUGGAUUAGAAGAUUUCAUUAUUGUAAUUGUAGGAAGUCAGCUUCUAUACAAAAGUCUCUUGCUGGAGCAAGCCCUUGUUUUACAAUCUUUGCGUCCAAUUUUUCAACACUCGGAAAAUGAUGGGAAUUCUAAUUCACAUUUCAAAAUGAUUGUGUUAGCCGGGGGAUCAAAUAGUAAUUACACUAUGGCUGUUGAGACAAUUGCGGUGAACUUGAAGUAUUCUAAUGGAACUGUGAAGCAUUAUGCUUCAGCUGAAGACACAGAAAGUAUCUUAAGUAUAGCUGAUGUAGUGAUAUACGCUUCCUUCCGCGAAGAGCAAUCAUUUCCAAACACUCUGCUAAAAGCUAUGUGCUUAGGGAAACCUGUAGUAGCCCCAGAUCUCACAAUUAUCAAGAAAAAAGUUGAUGACAGAGUAAAUGGUUUUCUUUACCCAAAACAGAAUCUUAGGGUUUUAAGACAGAUAAUGGCCCAAAUUGUCUCAAAUGGUAAAUUGUCACAUCUUGCUCGAAAUGCUGCUUAUAUGGGAAAGCAGACUGCUAGAAACCUUUUGGUUUCAGAGAGUGUUGAAGGGUAUUCUUCACUUCUGGAAAACAUCAUUCUCAGGUAUUCACCUGAAGCUGCAAAUCCACGGCCCAUUACAAAUAUUCCUCUCAAAUUGAAAUCAGAGUGGCAGUGGCAUCUCUUUGAACCACAUUCCCAUAAUAGAACACAGAAGACCCAUAUUUCACUGGAAAAGCUGGAAAACCAACUCAAUUAUACUGAAAAGGAUAUUUCUGUGGCCUUAAAUGACACCUUUGUAUAUAGUAUUUGGGAGGAAGAGAAAUAUAUGCAGAUGACAAAUAGGGCAAAGAGAAGAGAAGACGAUGAAUUGAAGGACAGAACAUUUCAAUAUCGUGGAACAUGGGAGGAAGCAUAUAAAAGUGCUAAAAGGGCUGACCGGUCAAGGAACGAUUUACAUGAAAGGGAUGACGGGGAGCUUGAAAGGACAGGUCAGCCAUUGUGCAUAUACGAGCCUUACUAUGGGGAAGGGACCUGGCCCUUUUUGCGACAUACUUCUCUGUAUCGUGGACUUGGACUUUCUACUAAAGGACGAAGACCCGGUCAUGAUGACAUCGACGCACCAUCUCGCCUACCACUGCUAAAUAACCCUUAUUACCGAGACAACCUUAAUGAGUUUGGAGGUUUUUUUGCCCUUGCCAACCGGAUAGACCGCAUACACAAGAAUGCUUGGAUAGGGUUUCAGUCCUGGAGACUCACAGCAAGAAAGGAAUCCUUGUCAAAGAUGGCAGAAACAUCACUGGUGGAUGCUAUCGAAGAAAGAAGAUAUGGUGACACAUUAUUCUUUUGGGCUUCUAUGGACUUGGAUCCAAGAAACCCACAUAAACUGGACUUUUGGUCAUUCUGUGAUACCAUUAAUGGAGGGAACUGCAAGUUUGCUUUCUCAGAGGCUUUAAAGAAGAUGUAUGGAGUUAAACACAAUUUAAGUAUUCCUCAAAUGCCAGCUGAUGGAGAUACAUGGUCAGUCAUGAAUAGUUGGGUUUUACCUACCAGAUCCUUCCUUGAGUUCGUAAUGUUUUCCAGAAUGUUUGUGGAUGCACUUGACUCAGAGUACUAUGAUCAGCAUUACCAAACUGGAUAUUGCUACCUGAGUUUGACUAAGCAGGAGAAGCAUUGCUAUUGUAGGAUGCUAGAGUUGCUUGUAAAUGUGUGGGCCUACCAUAGUGCCAGAAGAAUGGUAUAUGUGGACCCGAAGACGGGGUUGAUGCAGGAACAGCACAAGCUGAAGAACCGGAGAGGGAAAAUGUGGGUGAAAUGGUUCCAGUACAGCACGAUUAAGAGCCUGGAUGAAGAGCUGGCUGAGAUGUCUGACAUUGAUGCACCCCAAAAACGGUGGUUAUGGCCAUUGACAGGCGAAGUGUUCUGGCAAGGAAUCUACGAGAAGGAGAGGAACCAAAGGAACAGGGAGAAAGAGAGGAGGAGGCAACAAAGCCGGGAUAAGAUCUCGAGGAUCAGGAAUCGGACUCAUCAAAAGGUGAUCGGGAAAUAUGUGAAGCCUCCGCCUGAGGAUAAUAGUAAUAAGAAGAACAAUAGUAGUCUAAACCCAAACUCAACAGAAGUUGCUGAAGUACAGCAUUUGCUAUAGCAUUAAUUUUCUUACAAAGUAGUAGUCAAUGUCUAAAGAUAGAUAAGUUUGAUUUCAUUAGCUUUUGCCUCAAGGGUUGUCUUGGCGUUUUUUUCCUGGGCCCUUUUUCUUUUGCAUUGUUUGACCACUAAAGCAAACUCUGGGUACCAUUCAUAUUCAUUUAUUCAUUAUAUAUCUUCUUUUCCAGCAGUGUAAUUGCAUUGAAUCAUCUAUUAUGGUUUUUAUGCUCAUGUUUAUAACAUAAAGACUAAACUUCUUAUUCUGUGUAUACGGGGAGUGGAGCGGGGAG